AUGGCAAAAAAACUAGCCAUCCGUAGUCUUCGUCGUGGAAUUGGAAGUAUGGACUACGUAAACACAUUAUUAAUAAUGGAAGAUGAUCUUGAUGAAGCUGAUGGAAGUGAAAGGAUGGGUGAGUUUGGAGAAUCAUCAGAAUGUCCAAGCAAUGUUCCAUCGAAUGCGAAUGAAGAUAUAGAAGGCUCUAGUAGUAUGACACAGAAUCAGGGUCCGUCUCAAGAUGAUACCCCACCAGCAGAAUUACCAGAGUGGUGUAAAUGCGGGAAAUGUCGACCUAUGCCCCAAGAGGUAGAAAACAAAUGCUGCUGUCAAAAGAAGUGUAUCACCCUGUCAUCGAGAUUUACCAAGCUGUGUCUUGA